CGGUUAGCCUGUCGCAGCUAGCCGGCUAAGAGCAGUUUGAGCUGAAGUUGUCCGUUAACGUGGAGCAGGUCGGUUUUUAACGGUUUCCCGGGACUGAACAGGGUGAAAGCGGCAGGUUAUUAUCAGACAUUUAACACUGGAACAUGUUUUAUUUGUUACCGCCGUGUUUUGAUUCGUCAUGUCGCUGCUACAACCAACAUGUAACCUGAGAAAGAGCCGGGCUCAGGUGAAGGUGUGAGACAGGUGUCCGUGUUCAGAGACGGGCAGUGGUCUCCUCCCCGGUGGACACGGGUCCAGGUCCAGGUCCGUCUCUGCUCCAGACUCCAGUCAGAGAUCUGCAGGUGUUAACCAGCUACUACCUCUGCAGGACACGAUUCAGGACAGAGAAGAAGAAGGGUUUUGGAGGCGGUUGCCAUGGAGCCGGCCUGGCGUCAGCAGGGCCGGGGCCGAGGCCGGAGCCAGGAGGGUCCGGCUGAAAGGUCACGACCUCCACAGAAAGAGAAGGAGAGGCCGGGAGGCUCAGUAGCAGGAGGAGGAGGGAGGAUGAAGGCCGCCGCAGCACCUGGACCUGAAGCUCCACACGGUGUGUCGGUCCAGACCAAGUUCGAGGAGAUCAGGAAGUCCAACCAGGCUGCUGCUCAGCGAUUGGUGGAGAGCCGUAUCAGCUCCUCCUCCUCUGAUGAGGACGACGACGAUAAUGAUGAUGAUGGAAAUGUUGACCACAAGGAUGGAAAGAGAGGGAAGAUCCUGGCGUCAACCUUCACCACCUACACUGACCAGACAGGUGGGGAUGCCACAGGUCUGGUCCGGACCGGUCAGUACGUCAGUGACCUGUUUCAGUCCGGAGCUCUCACCUGUCUGAUCUGCAUCGCCUCCGUGAAGAGGACGCAGCCGGUGUGGAGCUGCUCCAGCUGUUUCUCCCUCUUCCACCUGCCCUGUAUUCAGAAGUGGGCCAGAGACUCCGUCUUCCUCGUCUCCUCCGUCACUGACGAAGACUUCGGGCAGAAGCAGCACCCCUGGCCGUGUCCAAAGUGUCGGGCUGAGUAUCCUCCCAGCGCCACGCCCAACAGGUACACGUGUUACUGUGGGAAGCUGCAGGACCCUCCAGCUGACCCCUGGUUGGUUCCUCACUCCUGCGGCUCCAUCUGUCAGAAGGAGCUCAAACCCACCUGUGGACACACCUGUCUGCUGCUCUGUCACCCCGGUCCCUGUCCUCCCUGUCCAAAGAUGGUGUCGGUUUCCUGUAUGUGCCGCAAAGCUAAGCCCCUCCCCCGUCGCUGUAGCAACAAGGCCUGGUCCUGUCAGCAGCAGUGUGGCAGGCUGCUGCCCUGCAAACAGCACACCUGUUCACAGCCCUGUCACACAGAGUGUUCUCCCUGUCCCAGAGUCAGUGUUCAGAGGUGUGUGUGUGGCAGAGAGAAGACAGAGAGACCCUGUGCCAGCCCCCAGUGGAACUGUGAGCAGGUGUGUGGCUCCGCCCUCUCCUGUGGGAAUCACACCUGUGAGGUCGUGUGUCACGAUGGAGUUUGUCCUCCGUGUCCUCGCUCCGUCAGCAGAGCCUGUCCCUGCGGCAAGACCAAGUCGUCUCUGCCGUGCACAGAGGAAGUGUUGCUGUGCGGCGACACGUGCGAUCGCCGUCUAUCAUGUGGAAAACACACCUGUUCAAUGAGGUGUCACCGAGGGAGCUGUGAGACCUGCAGACAGGAGGUGGAGAAGGAGUGCAGGUGUGGGAAAUACAGGAAGUUGAUGCCGUGUCAUAAAGAAUACCUGUGUGACUCCAAAUGUCCAAAGACCAGGAGCUGCCAGAGACACCAGUGCAGGAGGAAGUGUUGCCCUGGUAACUGCCCCCCCUGUGACCAGAGCUGUGGUCGAACUCUGGGCUGUCGAAACCACAAGUGUCCCUCCGUCUGUCACCAAGGUAGCUGUUAUCCCUGUCCAGAGUCGGUGGAGAUCAGAUGUACCUGUGGUUCUACGAGCCUGUCUGUCCCCUGUGGACGAGAGAGGAGCACCAAGCCACCUCGCUGCAAGGAGGCCUGCAGGUGUCCCCCGUCCUGCCACCACCUGACCAGAGAGCCUCACAGGUGCCACCCCGGGCCCUGCCCCCCCUGCAGACAGACCUGCCUGCUGCCGCUGCCCAGGUGCAGCCACACCUGUCCACAGUCCUGCCACGACCUGGUGCUGGUCAAGUCCCAGCAGGUUCAGUUAGCAGGUCCGUGGGAGCAGCCGUCUGAACCAGCGUUUGUGAAGAAGGCUCUCCCCUGUCCGCCGUGUCAAGUACCAAUACCAACCGCCUGUUUUGGAGAACAUGAGGUCAGUCCGGUGCCGUGUCAUCGUCGGGGUCGGUUCUCCUGCAAACGACCUUGUGGACGACCUUUGACCUGCGGAAACCACAACUGCAGCAGGGAGUGUCACCUGGUUACCGACGGCAACAAGUGUGAGAAGUGUGACGAGGGCUGCUCUAAGCCCCGCCCUCCUGGCUGUCCCCACUCCUGCGCCCGCCCCUGUCACCCCGGCAACUGCCCCUCCUGCAGCCAGAUGAUCCGCCAACGCUGCCACUGCAAGAUCAGUAUGCUCUACGUGGAGUGCACGAAGUUGACAUCAGCUGAUAAACAGACGAAGAAGGAGCUCGGCUCCUGCAACAACCAGUGUCCUAAAGAGCUGAACUGCGGUCAUCGCUGUAAGCAGGUGUGUCAUCCAGGCGUGUGCGAGGAGAAAUGUCAGCAGAAGGUGAAGCUGCGUUGUCCCUGCAAGAGGAUCAAGAAGGAGUUCCCUUGCUCACUGUCGGAUCAGUGUGUUCAGUGUGAUGAAGCCUGCAGAGACCAGCAGAGGAAAGUCAGCCAGCUGAAGGAGGCGGAGCAGAGAGCAGCUCAGGAGGAGGAGCAGAAGAAACUUCAGGAGGAGCUGGAGGCGUUCGAGAAGCGUCAGCAGCGAGGAGGUCGCAGGAGUAAGAAGCGGGGGAGGAGGGAGGAGGUGGACGACGAGCGGGGGAGGGCGGGGAGGUGGUGGAAGAGAUGCGCCGCCUUUGUCCUCGUCCCGCUGGGGGGAGCGCUGCUGUCGGCCGCCGCCUACUACCUCCUGACCACGGCCUGAACCGACGCGUGAACACGCGUGUCGACAGGAACAUGUGAGCGCACGGCUGCCUGUCUGUCCACUCUGGUUCUAUGUUCACUCUGCUGUCAUGUUUCUGUUCACACCGCUGCCUCGACGUCUCUUCUUCUUCUUUGUCUUAAUUCAGACUGUUUUACUCCCAGUAAUAUCAGUCGUUAUAUUCAACUGUUUCUAUUUUCAUAGUUUUAGUUUUUAGUUUGUUCCUGUUGAAAGUUUCAUGACGUUUGAGUUUGAUUUAAAAUACAUUAUGUGACGCCUGAGUUUCAUACUGAUGCCACAAAUGGAAACAAUUAGGGCUUCAACUGACGAUUAUUCUCAUAAUCAAUUAUUCUGUCAGUUAUUUUCUUGAAGAAUAGAUUAAUUAUUUGGUCCAUAAAACUGCAGAAAACGAUGAAUCAUGUCAUCAAAUGAUCCAAAACCUAAAGAUAUUUAAUUUACUGGAACUUUAAAACAAAGAAAUGUGAGAGAAAGAAGUGACACAAAUGAAAACUGUGGACAGAUGUGAAGCCUCGUCUCUCAGAGGCUAAAGUUGAUGGUUUGGAGACUCUCCACCUUUAAAGUUUAGUCAGAACUGAUCAACACUACAUUGAUUAUCAGUAACUUAUCAGUUUACAGAAACUGGGACGAACACAGAGACAACAGUUAAAACGUUCAGAAUUGACACAGUAUUUUAAAGAUUGUUCAUGUUAAUUCAGCUUCAAUAUUCUCGUUGAUGAUCUGUAUAUUUCAGAGUUUGUUGAUCUAAAAUAGAAAUGAAUUUUGAAACGUUUUCAGUCUCUAACUGAUCUUGAACUGUAACACAGGAGGUUUCUGAUUGGUUCAUUAUUGGGUUGAAUAAAAGUCUUAUAAUAUUUUGUUGUGAAGAUUUCUCAGUGAGAGAAAUCCAUCAGAUAGUGAGAAGAAGUCUUUUUUCUUUGGUGCUGAAAUGUUUGGAUGUUUGGAUUUA